GCUCUCAUGUCUUCCUUCUUUUCCUUCCCCUCUCACGCACAGACGCGCACAGUGUUCUCCACCAUCUCUCAACAGUGUUUUUCCAAGGAAGCCGCAAAAUCAGAGAAAAACAAAUAAUAUUGUUGCUCUCCUUGGAUGUAAAAGAGAUCCAUGGCGGGGCUCGAUCUCGGCACCGCGCGCUUCGUCCACCAUCCGCAGCUGCACCACCGUCCGGACCUCCAGCUGCAGCAGCACCACCACCCCGCCGACUCCGAUGAGGACGGCGCCAGCCAGGCCGCACGGUUCGCGGGGAACGAGGAGGACCAGAUGGGUGCUUCGGGCGUUGGUGGGGGAGGAGGGCUCGAGUUGGUGGCCUUGUCCGGGGCCGGAGACGUUAACGGCCGACGGCCGAGGGGAAGACCGCCGGGUUCGAAGAACAAGCCCAAGCCGCCAGUGAUUAUUACAAGGGAGAGCGCCAACACCCUGAGAGCGCACAUUCUGGAGGUCGCCAGCGGCAACGACAUCUACGACUGCAUCACCAACUACGCCCGCAGGCGGCAGCGAGGCGUCUGCGUCCUCAGCGGUAGCGGCACAGUCACCAACGUCACCCUCCGGCAGCCCGCCGCCGCCGGAGCCAUCGUCACGCUCCAUGGACGCUUCGAGAUCCUCUCCCUCUCCGGGUCGUUCCUCCCUCCCCCCGCGCCCCCCGGCGCCACCAGCCUCACCGUGUUUCUCGCAGGCGUUCAGGGUCAGGUUGUCGGUGGCAGCGUCGUCGGCCCGCUCAUCGCCGCCGGGCCCGUCAUGGUCAUCGCCGCGUCUUUCACCAACGUCGCCUACGAGAGGUUGCCACUGGAGGAGGAGGAGCAGCCGGUGCAGAUGCCACCGGCCGUUAGCCAGCCGCUUGGAAUACCAGGCGCCGGAGGCCCGUUCCCGGACCCAUCGUCAGGCUUCCCUUUCUUUAAUUUGCCGCUCAAUAUGGGGAAUUGCCAGUUGCCGGUCGACUCACACGGUUGGGCCGGCAAUUCCAGCCGGCCACCCUUCUGAAGAAGGCGGUGGCAGAAAGGAGGAAGGAUGAAGCCUUCUUCUUCUUCUUUUUCAACUUUUUGUGUGUGUUGUUGGGGAAUUUGGAAUGUGGGGUGUGAAUCGAGUUUGGAAGAGAAAGCAAAGGAAGGAGACUCAGAGAGAAGGAGGUUCGAGUGGUGUGAUUUGACAUGUAGCAGAAGAUGCGAGAUGGAAAGAUAAGAGCUUCUAUCACUUCUGGACGGGAAUCAUGUGCUGCUUAUGGGAUCAUCAAAGGUUAGCAUGCAGAUUCACGGAUUUUGUUGUACAAUAAUUUUCAUUUUUAUUUUUCCCUCUCUCUCUCUCUCUCUCUCUCUCUUAACUGGCUGGUGGUUGCUUUCCUUUUCCUUCUUCCUUUUAUGUAUCAAACACUUGUGUUUCAUAAGUAGCAGAUUUGAGCGUAGCA